AUGUCUACAAAAUCAGCAACCACAUCAUCCGACAACAAAUCCUUGAUUUACGAUACUUUGAAAACUUUGUCAGCUCGUGACGAGUUAUCACAACAUGAUUUCUUUCCUGGCGACGACGACGACGAUGUUUAUGCUCCCGAAUCUUUUUCAAAAUUCUUUGGUGACGUUGUUUCUGAAGAAGAAUUACAACAAGUCCUCGAACAAAGUUAUUUGUGGGGACAUUCUUAG